GUCUACAAACGCCUCGACAAUCAGUCGCUCCAUACGCUCAGCCACGAGUUGCAACAGCCAAACCGACCUGGGAUCGGGCCAACAUAUUUGACGCUCAUUUAACUUCCUUUUCCUAAAACGCCUGCCAACCUGUGGAGCGUUUCAGUAAGGAAGGGUGUUGACGCAGCGAGCGGACGUGGAUCCUCCUCGGAGCUCAAGUCGCAUGUUCUUCCAUCGUCUUCCUGAUAUUAUCAGAUCUUCGUUGCUUUGGAAUCAAGCGCGUCAAGGGUAAAACAUCAGCAAGCCUAAAGAUGUCAACGAUCUGUGCUUUGGUGUUAAUGACAACCCUCUCCCUGGUUUUUGCGGAGGAACAGAAGCCUGAAGAUGACCCAUUCACUUUUGACUACCACAGACUGCGUGUUGGAGGUCUGAUUCUAGCAGCUGUCCUUUGUCUCAUUGGAAUUACCAUCCUGCUCAGUGGCCACUGCAGGUGCAAGUUUAAGCCGGACAAAAGGAGGAGGGCAGGAAGCAACACGCAGGCAAUGCUGAACGACCAAGGUCGUGCCUGUGAUUGUUAGAAUUUGAAGACUGCAAUGACUUCAUCAAGUCAAAUCCUGUGGAAGCGGCAUCAUUUGAGAACCAAGUAGAGGGGAUUUUCAUUGUUAAAAGCAUCAGGAACUUGUAGGUUGUGGGCUUGUUCGGAUUUAUUUGUGACUGACAACUGUUCUGUGGCCAGCUAUUUCAGGCACUUGCUUUACAAAACUCAUGUACACAUACACACGAUAAUGCUUCUAUGUCAUUCAAUUAAACUUUUUUUUUUAAAUGUGUCAUAGUUAUCCAUCAAAUUGGGUUAAAUGUUUCAAAUGAUUUAAAUGUAAACAUGUCUUUUACACAAGUACCAAAAUAGUUUAUUAUAUGUCAUGUUAAUGUAUUUCACUACUCUGUAUUAUGUAGGUAAAAUGUAAUGGUAGGCAUUAGUUUCAUAUUGUAAGCAGCUUAACGCAGGUUUCAUUUAUCCUUGUCAAAUACACAAAAUUAUAAUUUUUCAUGCGUUACCAUAAAUUGAGAGUUGUGUUAGAUAAUUGCCGGUUAUCUUUUUAAUUUUACUAUAUAAUAUCUGUGAGCAACUUCAUAGACGUCAAUGUUCUGAAAAUGUCACCGCCAUGUUUCAAUUAAAGAUGUGUUGAAA